ACCAUGCAAGCAAAGACCUCACUAAUGGUGCUGAUGUUCGUCUCUUCGACGUGUAUAAUUCAUCAAAGUGAAUCAAAGACCCCAAGCAACCCGACAAAGCAAUUUUACGAUGAUAUGGAAUCAAGGCCAAUUCUCACAUAUCAGUGCUACCAAAGUGGCAACAGCAUUGAUUCACCGGGUUCCGUCAACUACACCAUUCUCUGGGACGGGACCGAUCCAAGCACUACAGACGCAGUUGGCACCACGUGGACCGCGGUAAAUGGAACGCCUAACUCCUACACUCGGGGCAACCUUACGACCCAUUAUGACGCAGCAAGCGGUGUCGGAAAACUUGAAACUUCAACUGUUCAGGAAGACGUGAUUGUUCUUAAACCAUUCAACGGCGAGGCGCUGUAUUUGAAGAUUGUUAUCACCAGCAAGAACAAUCUUGAGGUAUACAAGCUAUAUGAUGUGGACUUCAAAUGCAAGAAUGCGAAGAAACUUUUAAAAACUGUUUGUCCACGCCCCUGCACAUGGAAGCUGACUCGAGAGAUCUAACUAAUAAAGCUCCAGAGAGGUCAAAACACUUGGAUUUUAAAUACAUUUGUGCGGUGCUUUGACUUCUUAUAUUAAUCAAGAUG